AUGGCACCGCAUACUAUCCGCUGGGGUAUCAUGGCGUUCGUGCGAGACCUACUCAUCGACCCGACAACGCGCGACGCCUCCGACGUCUCGCACCAAGUCGUUGCGGUGGCCUCGUCUUCUUCCCAGGACCGCGCGACCAAGUUCAUCGCAGAUACCGGCAUCCCCGCAGGCUGCGCCGUAUACGGUGACUACGAAUCCCUCGUGGCCGACAAGAACGUUGAUGUCAUCUACGUGGCCACCCCGCACUCGCACCACUAUCAGAACACGAAGAUCCUGUGUGAAACCGCCAAGAAGAAUAACUGCUUCCUCAUGGAGGCCGUGUGGACUCGCUACUUCCCGCUCAGCAUCCAGGUCCGCCAGCUCAUUCAGUCGGGGGAGAUUGGUGAGGUGCUUCGCGUUGUUGCUGAUACUAGCUUCGGGAAUGAUGUCGAGAAGGAUUUUGGGACUGCGCAUCGGAUGGUGAAUCCUGAUUUGGCGGGUGGUGCUCUACUGGACUUGGGCAUCUACUCCCUCACCUGGGUCUUCCAAACCCUCUAUCACACUCUUCCGCGCGACCAGCGGAAGGCUCCCACCGUCACCGCACAGAUGACGCCCUACCACCUCACCGGAGCGGAUGAAUGCACGACCAUACUGCUGAGCUUCCCGACCACCACCCCCAGCAAUGACACUCACCCGCAGCACUCGCAGGGCAUCGCCAUGACCAACAUUCGUGUGGCGACUGACCCAGAUGACAAGGGCAGCGCCGGUCCCGCCAUUCGAAUCCAGGGUGUCAAGGGCGAGAUCCAGGUCUUUGGACCCGCCUUCCGUCCCUCGAAGUACCGGGUUGUUCCCAAGCAAGGCCACGGCGUGGUCCGUACCGUCGAGCACGAGUUCCCCGGUAAAGGCCAUGGUAUGUACUGGGAGGCCGAUGAGGUCGCCCGCUGUCUGCGGGAUGGUAAGCUCGAGAGUGAAGGCUUGCCCUGGGAGGAGAGCAUUGUGAUCAUGGAGGUCAUGGAUGAGGUGCGUCGACAGGGUGGAUUGAUGUAUCCUCAGAAGAUUGAGUCGACCGAGUUCCCUCUGGCUCUGUAA